CCAAAGAAGAAGAAGAAGAAUAACAAGAAGAUCGCUCUGGUUGUGAUUAAUACAGCCUGGAUACAUCGUGGCUUCAUCUGCUGUCUCCAUCAAUAAGUACAACAACACGGUGAACACACACGAAUCGUGUCAUAUUCCUCUCUGUUAGAUCUCUGUGUAAAUCAUGGCUGAUGAAGAGUUGGAAGCCAUUAGACGGCAACGUAUGACCGAACUGCAGGCGAAACAUGGGGACCAUUCCAGUGACCAGCAGGGGCAGCAGGAGGCCAAACAGAGAGAGACUGAAAUGAGGAACUCUGUAUUGGCUCAACUCUUAGAUCAGUCUGCCCGUGCCAGGUUGAGUAAUUUGGCUCUUGUAAAGCCAGAUAAAGCAAAAGCAGUGGAGAAUUACCUGAUUCAGAUGGCUCGCUUUGGACAGCUUGGAGGAAAAAUUACAGAGGCUGGAUUAAUAGAGAUCCUGGAGAAGGUUAGUCAACAAACAGAGAAGAAAACAACUGUUAAGUUCAACCGACGUCGGGUAAUGGACUCCGAUGAAGAGGAUGAUGAUUAAUAUGCAGGUGUCAUAAGUCAGCUGGGUUUCUGUACUCACAGUUCUUUUGGUAUUCUGGUGUGACUGCUGACCAGGGCAUGACUGACUGACAGAUCAAUUAUCCUGCCCAAAACACAAUCACGGCCAAAGAACUUUGAUCUGUGGUGAUACAGAAACUCUUAAUUUAAAUACGGUUUCUUUUUUAGUUUAGUGUCUUAGAUUUUCUUGCAUUUUUCUUUGCCUCAAACAACACAUUGCAGCAAUGCUGCUACAUUUUUAGAGACUUGUUGAAAGUACAGUGGACAUUUCUGAUCUAUUGUUGUUGCAAUAAUUAGAACUGGCCUCAUAUCUUUUGAUUUUGUGGACUUUUUUGAGGAGACAUGCAACUGUUUACAUAAUAAAAGCCUUAAACAAAAUUUUGAGAAA